AUGAAAUUAUGUUUAUUGAAUAAAAAUUUAUAUGUAUAUUUAUUAAAAUAUAUAUAUGGAUUAAAUAUUUAUACAAUUAAUAUAUUAUUAAGUAUAAAUAAUGUUAGUAUUUUUAAUAUAUAUAAUAAUAAAUUUAAAAUUAAAUUAAGUUUAUACAGAUUGAAUAUAUAUUUAUAUAAAGUAUUGAAAUUAAAAAAAAAUAAUAUAAUAAAAAAUAAAAUAAAAAAAUUUAAUAUAAAAAAUGAAAAAACGUUCAUCAAUAAAAAAAAUAUGUAA